UACUUGCUCAAGCCUCAAACUUUAAAUCACCUCCAUUCCUCUCCGCGACGUACGUCGCCGGCACCGCUUAUAUAGCGGCGAUCCGCGGAACUGUAACCGCCACCGUCUAGAGUGGACGGCCAAAAAGCACUAGUUUUCUCCAGCUAUUUCAUUGGUGGCAGAUAAAGAGUAAAAAUGGUGCAGUAUAAUUUCAAGAAGAUUACUGUUGUGCCCACGGGGAAGGAUUUUAUUGACAUAAUUCUCUCUCGCACACAACGGCGAACACCUACCCAAGUUCACAAGGGAUAUGCCAUUUCACGUCUUCGGCAGUUUUACAUGCGCAAAGUGAAGUUUACCCAGCAGAAUUUCCAUGAUAAGCUUUCCACCAUUAUCGAAGAGUUUCCCCGGCUUGAUGAUAUCCAUCCUUUCUAUGGUGACCUGCUCCAUGUUCUCUACAACAAAGACCAUUACAAGCUUGCUUUGGGCCAAAUUAACACGGCGAGGAACUUGAUUGGUAAGAUUGCUAAGGACUAUGUCAAAUUACUGAAGUAUGGAGAUUCUCUUUAUCGAUGCAAGUCACUGAAAGUCGCUGCUCUUGGGCGCAUGUGUACUGUAAUUAAACGAGUUAGCCCUAGUUUGGCUUAUCUUGAACAGAUUAGACAACACAUGGCAAGAUUACCUUCAAUUGAUCCAAAUACUCGAACAAUCUUGAUCUGUGGGUACCCUAAUGUUGGCAAGAGCUCAUUCAUCAACAAAAUCACCAGGGCUGAUGUUGACGUACAACCAUAUGCGUUCACCACAAAGUCAUUGUUUGUUGGUCAUACUGACUAUAAGUAUCUGAGGUAUCAGGUGAUUGACACGCCGGGAAUUCUUGAUAGGCCAUUUGAGGAUCGCAACAUCAUUGAGAUGUGCAGCAUUACAGCUCUUGCCCAUCUCAGAGCAGCUGUGUUGUUUUUCCUCGAUAUCUCUGGUUCUUGUGGAUAUAGCAUUGCACAGCAGGCAGCUCUUUUCCACAGCAUCAAAUCACUAUUUAUGAACAAACCACUAAUCAUAGUCUGUAAUAAGACCGACUUGCAGCCACUGGAAGGGAUCUCUGAAGACGAUAGGAAGUUGGUCAUGGAGAUGAAGGCAGAAGCUAUGAAAACUGUGAUAGGUCAAGGCGGUGAACCAACAGAUGAUAAUAGUGUCCUGUUGACAAUGAGCACUCUAACUGAGGAGGGUGUAAUUUCUGUAAAAAAUGCUGCAUGUGAGAGAUUAUUGGAUCAGAGGGUGGAAUUGAAAAUGAAGUCAAAGAAAUUAAAUGACUGUCUGAACCGUUUCCAUGUUGCGAUGCCUAAGCCGCGUGACCAGAAGGAGAGGCCACCUUGUAUACCUCAGGCUGUUUUGGAAGCCAAAGCUAAGAAAGCUGAGGAAACUGCAGAGAAAGAGAAGAGGAAAUUGGAGAGAGAUCUGGAAAAUGAGAAUGGAGGUGCAGGUGUCUACUCCGCGAGCUUGAAGAAGCACUAUAUUUUAGCGGACGAUGAAUGGAAAGAAGAUGUCAUGCCAGAAAUUCUUGAUGGACACAAUGUAUAUGACUUCAUUGACCCUGAUAUACUGAUGAGGCUUGAGGAGUUGGAGCGAGAAGAAAGUGCUCUCCAGGGGCUGGAGGCAGAUGAUGAUUUUGAGAUGGAUGGGGCUGAGCUGACGCCUGAAGAAAAAGCAGCACUUGCAGAGAUCAGGAAGAAGAAAAGUUUGCUUAUUCAGCAGCACAGAAUUAAAAAGAGCACAGCUGAGAGCCGGCCAACUGUGCCUAGGAAAUUUGAUAAAGACAAACAAUUUACAGCAGAAAGAAUGGGGAGGCAACUAUCAUCUUUGGGGCUUGAUCCAACCAUGGCAAUUAACCGUGCUCGUAGCAAGUCUAGGGGUCGUAAGAGGGAGAGAUCCCCUGACAGGGGUGUCAAUGAUGGUCUUCAUUCCAUGGAAGUGGAUGGUGACCAACAAAACAAGAAGCUCCGCUUGAGGUCGAGGUCUGCUUCUAGAUCAAGGUCAAAAUCACGGCCACCAGGUGAGGUGGUCCCAGGAGAGGGCUUCAAAGACACUGCUCAGAAGAAGAAGGCUAUUAAAAUGGCCAAGGGUUCUAGCAAGAAGAGGAACAAGGAUGCUCGCAGAGGAGAGGCAGACAGAGUCAUUCCUACUCUCAAACCAAAACACUUGUUCUCUGGCAAGCGCUCAACUGGAAAAACAGACAGACGUUAGUAAAAUCAAGAUCAGUUAGCAUAAUUGAGGAAUGGAGCAAAGACAAUCUAGUGAAUAUGCUCAAGUCUUUCUCAUCAUCUUUCAUUAUCCAAUAUCUGAUGUCAUCCAUUGCUUCUCCUGUAGCAGAGGAAUUCCCUCUGUUAUGGAUUCAUAUACAACAGCCUGUGGAGUGCCAUCUAUGGGGGAGCUGUAUCGGAUAUGCUGUACAACUGCAGCUUGCUAUUGUGGAGAAUCUCUUUGUUUGUUGAUUAGAUCAUUCUGCCCCCUUUCUCUGAUGUUAGUGCAAUUUUGAUCCUUAAAAUGGUUUUGCUUAAGUUUUGUUUUACUUAAAUAUUUACAGAUGCUUUGGUCACGAUUUAGUUGAAUACCAAUUCGUACUGUAAUCAGAGGUUGUUAUCAAACUUGUUAUAAAGAAGCGGAACUGCAGCCAGCAUGGUGUAUCUUUAUGGUUCUUGCCUGUUUUAUGCUGGCAAAAGAUAACAUGUCUGCUGACACUAAUUGUUUGUUUAUCUGUCUAUCUAUCUGCAUUGGUGUAUCUAUCUACAUUGUUGUAAGGUUCUAGUUGAGAGACGGCAGUAAUGGUAGAGUGCAUAUGCAGCUGGCCGAGCUGAUUGGCUCAAGUGUCGCCUCUCAGUAAGUCAAAACAGCUGCAUAUAUUGAAAACAUUGAUGGUACAAAUAACCAGCUCUUGCC